AUGUUCCUCGGCCGAGUCCUCCGGGGCCUGACGGCGCUCCUCACCGUCGCCAGCCAGCUCCCCGCCGCGGUCGAGGCGGCCUACCCGGACCCGAUCGCCUGCACGGGCGCCUGCUGGGCGCACGACCCGGGCGUGGUCAAGAGGGCGUCGGACGGCAAGUACUUCCGGUUCGGGACGGGCAGCAAGAUCGGGAUAUGGACUGCGAGCAGCCUCACUGGGUCGUGGACGUACCAGGGCGCCGCGCUCCCGUCUGGGAGUUCUAUUAACCUUGCUGGGAAUGAUGAUCUGUGGGCUCCGUCGGUCCACCUCGUCGGUAGCACGUACUAUCUGUAUUACUCGGUCAGUGUGUUCGGCUCGCAGGCCUCUGCCGUAGGCUAUGCGACCUCCAUGACCAUGGAGGUCGGCUCCUGGACGGACCACGGCGCCACGGGGAUUGCCAGUUCCUCGGGCAAGCCGUACAACGCCAUCGACGGGGCCCUUGUCCAGGCCACGGAUGGGAGUUACUACGUGACGUUUGGGUCGUUCUGGUCUGAUGUCUACAUCGCCAAGAUGAACAACCCCCCCGCCACUGUCUCCGCAUCGGCCACCCAGAUCGCGUACAACGGCACGGGCAACCACGCCAUGGAGGGUCCCUUCAUCUACUACCGCUCGCCGUACUACUAUCUCUUCUUCAGCGCCGGCAUCUGCUGCGGCUACCAGACCACCAAGCCAGCCCCCGGGGAGGAGUACUCGGUCCGGGUGUGCCGCAGCUCGUCCGUCACUGGGCCUUACACCGAUGCCAGCGGCAAGGCGUGCACGUCGGGCGGCGGCACGAAGGUGCUUGAGAGCCAUGGGAACGUGUAUGGUCCCGGUGGGCAGGGGAUACUGGUCGAUACUGCUUAUGAUGGUGCUGUGAUGUAUUAUCAUUAUGCUGACACUCGGGUGGGUCUGGCGGACUCACAAUAUCUGUUCGGUUUCAACAAGAUCUCAUGGUCAACAGGAUGGCCUGUGCUUUUCUAA